UAGACAUUAUUUAUUAUUUAUUAUUUUCUCUACAUAUAUUGAUCGAGUUUCCAUUAUCGUCUGAAGGUGAGCCAAUAUGGAAGGCGAAGGCAUCAUCCACAGGCAGGUGGAGGCCAACGGAAUCCAGAUUCACCUGGCGGAGAAGGGGGAGGGCCCGCCGGUGCUGCUGCUCCACGGCUUCCCGGAGCUCUGGUACUCGUGGCGCCACCAGAUUCUCGGCCUCGCCGCCCGAGGCUUCCGCGCGCUCGCCCCAGACCUCCGUGGAUACGGUGACUCCUCCGCGCCGCCCGAUGCCGCCUCCUACUCGGUCUUACAUAUCGUGGGCGACAUCGUCGCCCUCCUCGACGCCCUCGCCCUGCCUCAGGUAUUCUUGGUGGGGCAUGAUUGGGGGGCACUCAUAGCUUGGUAUAUGUGCCUGUUUCGGCCGGAUAGAGUGAGGGCGCUUGUGAAUCUCAGUGUGGCGUUUUCACCAUUUUUGCAUCGAAACCCUAACGGCAAGCUUGUUGACUACUUCAGAUCUCAUUAUGGAGACGACUACUACAUCUGCAAGUUCCAGGAACCUGGAGUCAUUGAAGCAGCUUUUGCUCAUAUUGGGACUAGAAAUGCAUUGCGAAGAUUUUUCUGCUACAAGGGUACCAAUCAUUUAACUGAGCAGGAGAAUGCUUCAUUGCCUCCGUCUUGGCUUUCAGAAGAAGAUAUAAGCUAUUAUAUAAGCAAAUUUGAGAAAUCUGGAUUCACUGGUCCGGUCAAUUAUUACAGAUGUUUGGAUUUAAAUUGGGAACUGGGAGCACCAUGGUACAGUGCACAGAUAACAGUUCCAGUAAAGUUUAUUGUCGGUGACAAAGACCUAACGUACCAUUAUCCAGGUAUCCAGGACUACUUGCACAAAGGUGGUUUCAAGCAAGAUGUGCCAUUGCUUGAGGAGGUGGUUGUGAUGGAGGGAGUAGCUCACUUCGUCAAUCAAGAAAAGCCACGUGAGGUUACUGAACACAUCUACAACUUCUUCAACAAGUUCAGUCUUCUUGCUUCAAAAUUAUAGCUUGGUCCAAAAGAUCAUACGCAAAAGAAUAAAUAGAGUUAGCAAAAUAUCAUCUUUUGACUCCAGAGGGGGUAGGUACCCUUGGAUGUUUGUCUUGAUAGUUUUGUAAUAUUGUUAACCAUUAGCUACCUUUUAGAGGUAGACUGAAUAAAUCUCUAACUCCUUUGAGUUUGAGUUAAUUUGAUUAUGAAUUGAUCAAUUUUAGUUAGUUUUUAGCUUAUUA